AUGUCAGUUUCAGACCUUUGUAACCAAUUUAAUAAAACAUUAAGGGUGCCCAUAGAACCAGAAAAAUAUCAUGAAGCAUUGGACGAGAUCUUUAAUGGGAGAGAGGAAUUUGUUGCAAGUGAUAUUUUGGAGAAAGAAGAGACUGUCAUCACAAGAGCGUAUCAAGAUCAUCAAGCAUCAAGAAAAUAUUUAGCAGAAUUGAUUAAGAAUGAUAUUUCUUUUUCACUUUCUCUGUUUGAAAAACUAAGUACUAGUUCUAUUCAAGUUUUAAUUGGUAUAUUCAAUGACAAAAAUGACACAGUUCCACUUUUAAAAGAAAUAGAAUAUGAAAUCCAGCAUUCUGAUAAUGAUGAAAAGUCUCAUUUUUUAUUAAGUUGUAUAUUACAAUUGUUAAAUUCAUUUGAAUACAGAUUUACAGAUCUUAAAUGGCUUAUAAGAACCCUUUGUUUAAGAUUUAAUAAUAAUGAAAUUAGAUCAAUGGGAUUGGUUAUAUUCUAUCAAUUAGAGACAAAGUUUCAUAGUGAAUUUGAAGCUACACUUUUAUCAUUUAUCGAUGGUUUAAUAAUAGAAGCGGAUGCUGAAAUCGGAGAUGACCCACUUGCAUUAAUCAUAAAUAUCCUUACUGAACUAUAUCCUGCGUUUACAACAUUUUGUUCUAGUAUUAUUUUAGGAAAUGAUCUGGAUAGAAUGUUACAACAAAGAGCAAUGAAUAGGGGAAAUGACACUCCAUUUUUAAAAAGUCUGUUUAAACUACUGAUUGUAUCAUGUAUUGAUGAAACUGUGAGAAACAAUAUUGCAACAAAUUAUUUAAACAUUAUUGAAGACGCAAUGCAAAGUCCCUCUUUUGAAGUUUAUUGUGCCUUGAUAUUAAUUAAGACUUGGUCAUUUUCCAAAUUGAAAAAUGUAACUAUCCAUGAUCUGACUACUAUUCUCGUCGAUACUUUCAUAAAUAAUAGUAGCGAACUAGAAUCUGAUGAAUUUUCAUAUGCUAUUGAAGGUUUGGCAUAUUUAAGUCUAAGGACUUCUGUAAAGUUAAUUUUACGGCACCAUAAUUUUUUUAUUCCAAAAGUAAUCGAGUUUGUAAAAGAAAAAAAAUUUCAAGACCAAAAUUUAUAUGGUAUCUUAAUUAUUUUAGCUAAUUUAGGUUCUCCUCCCAAUGAUCCAAAUCAGAUGGGAAAAAAUUCUUUAAGGGCUUUAGAAUCAUAUGCCAACUUACAAAAUCCAAACUCUAUGAAUGACGAAGAUAUCAAAGAUGAUUUAUCCUCAAUUAAAAAAUUUAAUCAGCUAUAUAUAUUAAAAUCCGAAUUACUGUGUAAUUUGAAAAAUAAUCUAUCAGAAUUAAGCCAAGGCUCACAAGAACAAGUUAUUCGAAUUAUUUAUAAUAUUACUCGAGACACAGAAAAUAUUCCUAAAAGUGUUCAACAAGGUUACACUAUAUUAAUAUUAGAGUUUUUAAUUAGUGCUAAUAAAACUAAGAAGAUGGCAAAUCUGAUGAUAAGGGUUCUUGCAUUAAGAUCAUUAACUAAAAUAUUAAUUCAUACCGAUCCUAAGUUAAUAUUUAACAAAUUUUCUUCUUUGAAUACACUCCCAUAUUUGUUUGAAAUGUUACCUUCUUCAGAUUUUUCAAUUCAAAAUGAAACACAUUUAUUAAAUGAGGACUAUUUAACUACAACAGAUCAAUACGAAGCACUCUUGGCAUUGACUAAUCUGGCAUCUUCACCAUAUACAGAUGGUGAAGAUAUGUGUAAAGUCAUAGGAGGUAAUAGUAAAUAUUGGAAUGUACUGGAAACUAUGAUGUUAGAUGAAAAUCCGAUCUUACAAAGGGCAGAUUUAGAAUUAAUUUCUAAUCUAAUGACACAUCCCUUAUCAAUUGCAGUUAAAUUUUUCAAUUUUGAAAAUAAACAAAGCAAAAGAAAUUUUGAUAUAUUAGUGAAAUUAUUACUAUUAGAUGAUAUUAAAUCACAAAGAGCAGUAGCUGCUAUUUUUGCAACUAUUGCUAACAUGGUUCCAUUCGUUACUCAAGAACUACUAAAACAGGAAUCUUUAAUAAAAAAUGCAAUAACAGCAUUAAAGGAACAAGCUAAUGAUAUUGAAUUGGUUAGAAGAUUAAUAAUGUUAUUUUAUGCCUUGUUUGAAUUAGCUCCAGAACAAAAUUCUCAAUCAUUUAAUGAUUUCAAUAAGAUAAUUAAAUUACCUGAAAUAAAUCAAUUGAAUCAAGACUUAUCUUUAUUAUUAAGUCAAUACCAACAACAAAUCAGAAGCAAUGAUAAUGCAGCAGUGUUAAUGGAUGAUGGGGAAGCAUCCAAUCCAACCACAGAAGAUAUUGAAAUAAUUAAAACUAUACUGCAAAAAAUUAAUAAAUAA